AUGGCUCUGGAAAUGAGCGACGAACUGGUCGGGACGAGCGUCGAACUGGAGCGGCCGCCGGCGCCGCGGAUUCGCUGUCGGGCAGUGCAAAAGGAGACGCACCUGGGCGAAGUGGUGCGUCUCUAUACCGGCGGCUUCGGUAACGACCUGUUCAACAUCACGCUUCCGCCCGGCUACGACGACGACAACGUGCUCAUCAAUAUAAAAGAGACGCAAACCAUGAUCAAAGUGCCGAACCAAUUUUUGUUCAACUGUGAUGCGGUGGGGACGUUCAAGUUACGUUUCAAGGUGUACUUAACGAACUUGAGUGGCGGGCUGUUGCGUGAUGGGCAGCAGAUUUGUUCAGCCGAAAUCCACUGUUUGCCGGCGAUGCCGGCGGUGGCGGCGCCAGCGGCGGCGCCGGUGACGGCGGCGGGACGCAAGACGAUUGUGCCGCCGGCGUUCAAGCUGCAGGCGCUGGAGGAGCCGGAGGAGGUGCCGGGGCCGCGGUCGGUGGUGGCGACGCGCCAGUUCCAGCAGGACUUGUUGACGGCGAACCAGCAGGCGAAGGAAAGCAUGGCGGGCGAGCCGGGCUUGGAAGCGGGGUCCAUGUCGGGAGUCGGAGUGGGGUCUGGCAUUAGUUCGAUCAGCGACAUUCCGGAGGAGGUGAAGCAGUUAUUAAUAGCGGACUUUUUGCGACAGCGGAUGGAGUCGACGCCAGCGCCGGGGAGCACCACGACGACGACGACGACCACCACCACCACCACGACGAGGUCGGAGCCGAUUGCGGUUGAGUGUUCGAACAUGUCGAUUGACGCGAAAGUGAACCGGCCAUUGAGUAUAGCGUUGGGCGGGACAUUGUACCGGCUGACGGGUGAGGGGAGUGCCGUGGUGUUAUUGCCGGGUUAUGAAGAGAAUACUCAUUCAAUGACGGUGAAUUGUGAGUUGCCGGGUACGGAGACGAAGCACGCGGUGGUGUUUGCCCAGAGUACGGACAAGCGACACCAUGCACUGAAGAGUUGUCCGUUUAACAUAAACUGUUUGCCUAACAAUUCGCCGAGCCUUGAGUGCCGCGACGAGGUGUUGCAGUUGCGGGCAAAGCGGGCAGGUGGUGCGGGUUCCAAGACAGUCAGUGUGGACAUCACCAGUCAUCAGAACCCGUUGUAUCGUCUGUUUGACCUCGAUGGCGACCCAGUCACAGUAGCGGUGCAGGACACACGCACCGCCAAAGUGAAGUUCUCGCUCACACACAACUGCCAAGACCCCGCGGUCCCUGACCUCCGCAGAGAACAGUACCUUGUCACCGCUUUCGACGGUGAAGACCACAGCACCGCCCUCUGUCUAGUCGAGUACAUCUGUGAAUAG